AUGAAAAAGUUAAAGCAGGAUGGGAGCAAUGUUCACCUCCAAGCAGUGGGCCAUAUGAUGCUCCUGAGAAGAACAGCAGACAACAACAAAUAUAUUAGCUUUUUCAUAAAUUUGUUUCCUCUUACCUACACAUAUGAGGAAGGCAGUAGAAGCAUAGUCUCGUUUUUCUCAUUGCAAAACACUUCAAAACCUCGAUACCCACAGUAUUCCGGGCUUCGCUUUUUUAUCCUGAAAGGAAAUCGAAUCUUAGGCCCGUGUUUCUUGCAACUGGUGGGCUUACAGUCAUCAGUUUCUAAUCCAAGCACUGCAGUGAACAAAGACAAGCAAAAUAAGAUGAGGAAGAACGAGACGGACGCCAUACAGAUACAGGGCAUUGUAUAUUUAACAAAUGAUGGCAUAAAUAUAUCCAAAAAAAUCACUAGUGACACAGUCGAGCUCGUGAAUAAUGCAUGGUUGGAAAGUCAAAUAAAUCAAAUCAACCUACCAAACACCAAAGAAUAA